AUGGAUGGGGGCGACGUGCUAGACGCCGACAGCAAGCCCCAACCGCCACCAAACUACGCCAUACUCAUCGCUACAGCCUCACCAGCCACAUCAUCAACGACAUCGGCAACGACAGCCGCUCUCCUGACUACAUCAGCGACGACAUCAACUGCAGCAGCGACAGCAGCAACGACAGCAGCGUCAAAACAGCGAAGAUUAUCUAGCCUUUCUACUGUAGCUACUUCUACUCAUUCUCAACAGCAGCAGCAGAAUGACACAAAUUCAGUGGAUGUUUCGUACCAGGAGCACGGUGGCUUGGGCUUCCUAAGUGGGCUUUUUGGCUGUUUCAGACCCGUACUGACCAUAAUCGGAAAGGCCGCUGCCAAUGAAAUCAGUCAGAAAGAUGAUUGGAAUAUAGCAUUUGAGAACAUAUCAGAUCUUCUCUGGCUAGGUAGCGGGGCUCAGGGCGCCGUGUUUCUUGGCAAGUUGAACCACGAACUUGUGGCCAUUAAGAAGGUUCGAGACAUAAAGGAGACGGAGAUCAGACAUCUGAGGAAAUUGAACCAUCCGAACGUCAUUUCAUUCAAGGGAGUGUGCAUCCAAUCCCCGUGCUUCUGCAUCGUCAUGGAGUAUUGCCCGUACGGCCAGCUGUACGAGGUCUUGCGAGAUGGCAAGGAUCUACCUCCAAUCCUAUUGGUCGACUGGUCGAAGCAGAUAACCAAUGGCAUGUGCUACUUGCACUCUCAUAAAAUUAUACACAGAGACUUGAAGUCGCCAAACAUCCUAAUAUCAAAAAACGACGUGAUCAAGAUAAGUGACUUCGGCACGAGUCGCGAGUGGACGGAUAAGAGCACGAAGAUGUCAUUCGCCGGAACUGUGGCCUGGAUGGCGCCUGAGGUCAUCAGGAAUGAACCCUGCUCGGAGAAAGUUGACAUUUGGUCGUUUGGCGUGGUUCUAUGGGAGUUACUGACUCACGAAAUUCCCUACAAAGAUGUCGACUCGUCUGCCAUCAUUUGGGGUGUGGGCAGCAACUGUUUGCACCUUCCCGUGCCCUCCACGUGCCCCGAGGGGCUCAAGUUGCUCAUGAGACAAUGCUGGAGUCCGAAGCCAAGAAACCGCCCGUCGUUCCGGACCCUGCAGAUGCACCUGGAGAUCGCCUCUCCAGACUGGCUGAACCACGACGAGAACGAGUUCUACAAACUUCAGGAGCACUGGCGCAACGAGAUCCGCGAGGAACUGCAGAAGAUUCGGAGCGAGACGUCGACCUACCCACUCAUCGAGGAGGAACUCAUCCGAAGGAGGAGAGAAGAGCUCAGGCAUGCCCAGGACGUCAGAGAGUUGUACGAGCAGAAGUUGGACCGAGCGAACAACAUGUACAUGGAGCUAACAGCCUGCAUGCUGCAACUAGAAAAGAGAGAGAAAGAGCUGGCAAAGUGA